AUGUAAAGAUGGCGGAGCUGCAGAUGCUGCUGGAGGAGGAGAUUCCUGCGGGACGGAGAGCCUUACUGGACAGCUUCACCAACCUGGAGAGGGUCGCCGAGUACUGCGAGAGCAACUAUGUCCAGUCCGCAGACAAGCAGCGAGCGCUGGAGGAAACCAAGAGCUACACCACCCAGUCUCUGGCCAGCGUCGCCUACCUCAUCAACACGCUGGCCAACAAUGUGCUGCAGAUGCUGGACAUCCAGGCCUCGCAGCUCCGUCGCAUGGAGAGCUCCGUCAACCACAUUUCACAGACCGUUGACAUUCACAAGGAGAAGGUGGCGCGGCGGGAGAUCGGCAUCCUGACCACCAACAAAAACACCACUCGCUCUCAUAAAAUCGUCGCUCCGGCCAAUCCAGAGAGGCCGGUGCGCUACAUCAGGAAGCCCAUCGACUACAGCGUGCUGGACGACAUUGGACACGGAGUCAAGUGGUUGUUGAGGUUCAAGGUGAACGGCCAGCAGAACAUGAAGCUAGGAGGGAGUCUGUCCCGGUCCAAUCCUCCCACCCAGAAGCCGCCCAGCCCUCCGAGGGCAGGAAAGGGCAUCUUAGGGAAGAACUCCCCCUACAGGACACUGGAGCCGGUGCGCCCCCCGGUGGUGCCCAACGACUACGUCUCCAGCCCGACCAGGAACAAUAUGGCCGGCGGGCAGCUUCCGAGUCCGGCCCGCACCGCCACCCUCAACCACCGACCCCGAACGUACAGCGGCAGCAGCGGAGGCAGCCAUCCCAGCAGCAGCAGUCGCAGCAGCAGCAGGGAGAACAGCGGCAGCGGCAGCGUCGGCAUUCCCAUCGCCGUGCCGACGCCCUCCCCGCCCUCCACCUUCCCAGUUUCCCCGACUACUGGACCUGCUAGCUCCUCCUCCACAGCUCCUAACUCCUCCCCUUCACCCUCACCGACUCCCUCCUCCUUCUCCUCCUCCUCGUCCACCACCACCCUAACACAACCCAACGCUCCUUUGCCGCCAAACUCACCCUCGCAACACGCCGACUCGUCUCCUCAGCAAAGCUCGCGGCCGAACGCUCCCAACGCCUCCCCGCUCUCUAACCCCUCCCCCAGCGCCGCCGACGUCCAAUCAGAACUGUCUCCUCUCCUUCCUCCCGCCCCUCCUCCUCCACUGUCCUCCUCCUCCUCUUCCUCAUCACCUGCUGAAGGUCCCAUCGUCCCUCAGUUCUACAGCAUGAACCGGCCUCAGCCUCGACAGCAGACUCCUCAGGUGGGGGGUUCGCUGCCGUACCGCCGGCCCCCCUCUGUGACCGGCCAGCCAAUCGUAACGCAGAAUCAGGUCAACGGCGGCCCCUACUACAACCAGAGCCCAGCCUCCCCUCCACCUCCGUCCCUCCUCCAGUUCACCCCUCAGCUUCCUCUGAUGGGUUUCGUCGCUCGUGUUCAGGAGUCCAUUUCAGACGCCCCUCCUCCCCCCCAACCUGCCGCCGAGAGCCAAUCAGGGCCCGAGGAGGCCCCGCCCACUCCUGAGCCGCUACAGGACGGACACGAGGAGGAGGACUCGGCCGUGGUGGAGUACAACGACCCGUACGCUGAGGAAGACCCUCCGUGGGCCCCCAGGAGCUACCUGGAGAAAGUGGUGGCCAUCUACGACUACACGGCCGACAAGGAGGACGAGCUGUCGUUUCAGGAAGGAGCCAUCAUCUACGUGAUCAAGAAGAACGAGGACGGCUGGUUCGAGGGCGUGAUGAACGCCACCACCGGCCUCUUCCCCGGAAACUACGUGGAAUCCAUCAUGCACUACGCCGACUGA